AUGAUCAAUGAACAUAGCGACUCUCCAUCUUCUCUAAAAGCCAAGCUAAAAUCUUCCCUUUGUUGCUUCACCACAAACGACAUAAUCCAUCAGCAUGAGAUGCUUCAUAAAGAUCAUCAUGAUCAAGAAAGGAAUAACUGCAGGAAGCUUCAGCCACAGACGCCAAGAUCACCCUAUGCUUGGCUAAAAUCGACAGCCCAUGAUUUGGAAAUCAAGGAUAAGUAUCGUGGUUUGAUUGGAAAGAGAGGAAAGAACAGGAAACGACAUGGUUCGGAGGAUUUUAGGUAUGAUCCUGAAAGUUAUUCUCUUAACUUUGAGGAUGAUGUUCACAGAGAAGAUGAGUUGCCGCUCUAUAGUAAUUUCAAGGCAAGAUUGCCUGCUACACCGGAGAGAUUGGUGGUGUUGCAGCCCGUGGGGAGGACAGAGCUUGAGUUGUGGGGCUGA